AUGGCUCUCAACGUUCUUACCGUGCUCGAUCUCUGCUUCGCUGUCGUCGGUCUCAUCAUUUUACGACGCAUUUUUGGUCCAAAGUCGUUACCGCUCCCUCCUGGUCCCAAGGGCCUGCCACUUAUUGGCAACAUUCUCGAUAUGCCUACCGAAAAAGAGUGGGAGACAUUCGCUCAGUGGGGCGAUGCUUUUGGAGAUAUUUGUUCGGUAACAGUUCUCGGACAGCCUCUCAUCAUUCUUAGUUCCGCAAAAGUCGCUGUCGAUUUAUUGGACAAACGCUCUUCAAUCUACUCCGAUAGACCCGUGCUCCAAAUGGGUGGCGAGCUCGUUGGCUGGAAGAACACUCUCGUGCUCCUGCAGUACGGGGACCGAUUCAAGCGAUUCCGAAAGUUGUUCCACAAUCUGAUUGGGUCACAUGCGACGAUGCGGCAGUAUUUUCCUGCACAGGAGCUGGAGGCGAAGAAGUUCUUAAGAAAGGUGCUUGCGGAGCCGGAUGACUUGCAAGCACAUGUAAGGAGGUUAGCCGGUGCUGUGGUCCUCCGUAUUUCGCAUGGAUACGAAGUGCAAGAACAUAAAGAAGAUCCUUUUGUGACGCUGGCCAAUAGCGCUACUGAACAGUUCUCGCUUGCAACAUCAACUGGACAAUUCAUGGUUGAUUGUAUUCCUGCUCUUCGACAUGUACCCGACUGGGUGCCUGGAGCGGAUUUCAAGCGAAAAGCUAAACAAUGGGCCGCCACCCUCAUAGAACUUGUCGAACAACCUCACAACUUCGUUAAACAGCAGAUGCUUGCUGGGACGGCGAGUAUCUCCUUUACCAGCUCAAUGUUGGAAAGUAAGCAGCUUACCGAGGAGGAAGAAUUCGAUCUUAAAUGGUCCGCGGCUUCGUUGUAUAGCGGAGCUGCUGACACAACGGUCAGCGCAAUUUAUGCCUUUUUCCUCGCAAUGACACUGUACCCGGAAGUCGCGCGCAAAGCACAGGCUGAAAUCGAUGCAGUGGUUGGGAAUGACAGGUUGCCUACAUUUGCGGAUCGCGAACACCUUCCGUAUGUGGACGCAGUCGUAAAAGAAGUUUUCAGAUGGAAUGUCGUUACUCCCUUGGCGGUCCCUCAUCGUGCAACGCAAGAUGACUUCUAUGAUGGAUAUUUUAUUCCGAAAGGGUCUUUACUUAUUCCAAAUCUUUGGAAACUCACGCACGAUUCGCGUGUAUAUCAUGAUCCGUUCGAGUUCAAGCCCGAGCGGUUUCUUGCUGAUCUUCUUGCAACAGAAGGGCUGGGGAGACAGGUGGAACCCCAUCCUCGAGAAACGUGUUUCGGGUUUGGAAGGCGCAUUUGCCCGGGCAUGCACCUCGCUGAUACCACCGUUUUUGCUUGCUGCGUCACAUCUCUAGCGAUAUUGGACAUUGACAAGUGCAACGAGAACGGCGUUGUGAUUGAACCGGUGAAUGAUCAAACGAGUGGGACGAUCAGUCAUCCAAAACCUUUCAAGUGCAGCAUCAAGCCUCGUUCACCAAAAGCAGUGGCACUUGUUCAAUCCUCCGACGAACAAUUUUAG